AUGACAGAAACAUUGAAGCACAUGUUCCUCUUUUGUAGUCAUGCAGAGUUUAUAUGGAAUACAACUUCAAUUGAUUGGGAUGGAUUAAAGAAGUAUAGGUACAGUUUCUGGCACUGGCGGAAUAGCAUGAUGAAGGUACAGAAUAGGAAGGAAGGGAGGAGCCACAUUGCUUUGACAGUGAAUAUAUUAUGGCAGAUUUGGAAAUCCAGGAACCAAGUGCAGUUUAAUGAGGUGAGGAACUGUCCAGGAAGAACAGCAAGUAAAGCUGUGAAUGAGUUGUCAGAGUAUCAAGAAGUGAGAUAUGGGGAAGUUAAAGUUGCAGAGCAGGGGAAAACACAGGUGGCUGAGAGUAGUAAAUGGGUUCCACCCCCACAGGGUUUUAUCAAACUGAAUACUGAUGUAGCUUUGGAGGUAAAAGAUGGCAGAAUAGGCUGGGGCGUUGUAGCCAGAAGAGAGGAUGGCAGGGUUGUAGGAGCUUGGGCAGGAGGUGAAAGAAGGAAUGGAAUCCCAGCAGUAGAGGAGGCCUUAGCUAUCAGGAAAGCUAUCAUCAAGGCUAGACAGUACAGAUGGCACAAAGUAGAAAUACAAUCUGAUUCCAAACAAAUGGUGGAUAAGCUCAAGGAUAGGAAUGUGGAUGAUCCAGUCGCAGGGACCAUCUUGAAUGAUGUAAUGACUUUAUGUCAAGGUUUUAGUGAAUGUUACUUCUCUUUUUGUUAA